GGCGCGCGUCGGUAAAUUUGGCAACCUCUUUUCAGGAGGAAUAAGAGGCGCGGCUUAGAGCACCUGACAGCCGCCGCCGCCGCUGCUAGUGCUGCCACAAUCAGGUCCAGUCUGGCCUGGGGAGAGGGGGCGUGUCGUUCCUCGUGUCUCUCCACCCUUAACAUAGCCACGCUCCUCGUAAUUUUUACCUUAGUAUAUAACAUACUCAGCAUCGUUGGCCUGAAUUCCCUACAUGUGAUAAGACUCUUUAGAUAAGUCAGUGAGAGGGGGGAAAACACAAGGAAAAAGGGAAAGUCUACUGCGAGAAAGUGCGCCUGGGAAAGAUAGUAGCGAGGGACGUGUUUCACGUCAUUCAGGACUGACGAGUUCCCUAAAUCUUCCAAGUCUACGAUGUAUAUCAAGUGCUUGAAGAACACUGGAGGAGGCUGGCUGUUGUCCUUGCUUGCCAUAUCUCUACUUCGGCGGGCGGCGGGACAGUCACGUCAGGAGACUGAACACCGAGUCCGCCUGCCUCUCUGCUGCCCCAGCGGGUACAUCUCACCCACAGCCGAUACCUGCAUUUACAAUCCUAUAAUUCCCUUCAGACCGCAAGUCAUCAUUGGGGAUUCGCUUGUGUCCGUCACGAACAUAGAGGAGGAGGCUGAAGGGACAACCCUACCUUGUGACCACCAUGACGGCGAAGCGGGCUACGAGUACGUCUCACUAGACAGUGUUCGGAGUACGCUGAUCCAGAAGACUAAUGGCACGCUUACGCUCCUCUGGCUUCCCCAAGACGCUAUGUUGUUCGAGCAGAGCCAGAAUUUUUGCGUGAUGAUGACGCACGAAGGCUCUUCACCCGACGAGGUGCAAGCGUCUUACUGGGCCAAGGUCUGUCCCAAGGACCAUGCCGCUCAGUGGGAGAGCGACAAGCUGGCCUGCACUAAAGCCUCAUGUGUUCGCAAGUGCUGCCCAGCUGGCCAACAUUUUAGAAACCAGAGAAUUUGCUCGCCGGACGAUGACAGUCAAGACUGGGCCAUGCCGUCGCCGUUUUCAGACUUGCAUGUUGUUUAUGGCUUGCCCAAUUGUAAGAAUCUUCUGUUGUACCCUGAUUUCGAGUAUAGUCUAUUGAGAUCUGGGUACAUGGACGUCUCAGAAAUGCUUUUCUCGCCCCAAGAGUAUUGCAUUGAGAACAAUGAAGACACCCAGGAACAGCGGGUGGAGCAGAGGGCUCUGGUGUGCCACAAGCCACGACCCGAGUGCCCGUGGAAACAGAAUGUGGUGAUUCCAACGUUGAUGGGCGUAUCGUGUGCCUGCCUGGCUCUCACCUGGGUGGUGUACGUCCUGGUGCCACACCUGAGGAACACCAACAUGGGGCGCUGUCUCCUCUCCUUCGUCAGCGCCAUGUUCGUGGCCUUCUUGACCAUCUUAAUUAAUCAAGUCGGUCGUGACUCGUUCUCACCCGCCCAGUGUACCCUGACAGCGUUGCUGAGUCUCGUCAGCAUCCUUGCUAUGUUCUUCUGGCUCAAUGUUAUGAGUUUACACAUCUUCUUUCAUCUCAGGUCCCCGGCGAAGGAAGAUCAGCAGAAGAUGAGAACCUUCCUCAUGUACAGUCUGUACGCCUGGGGGUGCCCGCUCCUCAUCACACUCAUCGGCCUCACCCUCGACUCCCUCCAAGCUGAUGCCAUACGCCUGCAUUUCCAUCUCCCAAACUGCUGGUUUAAGGACGAGGCAGGGCGCUGGGCCUACCAGUAUGGCAUCAUAGUGGCACUAGUCGCUAUAAACACCUUCUUCUUUGUGAGCUCAGUCCUCUUACUGAGGAAGAGACAGAGACAAAGGCGAGAAACUGGUUAUUAUCAGACCAUAAGUGCGUGGGUAUUCAUCAAACUCUUCAUCAUCGCCGGCGUCUUGUGGAUCACAGAGGUCAUAGCCUGGCAGAUUACCAAUCAGUGCAGCAUCUUGGUGGUGAUCCUGGACAUUAUAAACAGUCUUCAGGGCGUCUACAUCUUUUUAGUGGCUGUCUGUCUCAGGAAGGAUCUUAAGGUGUUUCACCGAGGAUGGCCUCAGCUGGACGCCGAAGCCGAGGAACCCCUCGAGAAGCGCAAUGCCGGAGAGGUCAGCGAGCUCCUGGACGCACCGCCCCGCACGGCCUGAACACCAGAGACCUGGAAGAAGAUGGAUAUCGGAGGCCGAGGACCUGGCGAAGUAACACAAGUGCCAAAUGUCAACAUAGUCCCCCCCUCGUUCAACAGCUUCAAGGAUUAUAUUUGUAUUUUCGAUGAUAAACUAAUUUAAAAUUAAAUUACCUAUAGUUUAUUCAAACACAUACACACACACACACACACACACACACACACACACACACACACACACACACACACACACACAUACACACACAUAUAUAUAUAUAUAUAUAUAUAUAUAUAUAUAUAUAUAUAUAUAUAUAUAUAUAUAUAUAUAUAUAUAUCACAACAUACACAUCAAUGAUAAUUUAGAUAUUUUAUUAUUUAGUAUCAUAUGUUGUUAAUUGUAAUUCAGGCAAACACGAUUUUAACUUUAAUCUAUGGUAGCUAACGCCUUUAGCUGUAAUCUAAGGUAGCACAUGUUAACUUUAAUCUAUGGUAGCAUAUGCUGUUAGCUGUAAUUCACGGUAGCAUAUACGGAUAUGCUGAAAUUCACAGUAGCAUAUCCUGGUAUGCUGUAUUUCCCGGUAGUAUAUGGUGAUAUGCAGUAAUUCAAGGUAGAGCAUACUGUUGGCUGUAAUUCACGACAGCAUAUGCUGCUAACUGUAAUUCACGAGAUUCUAUGCUAUUCGCUGUAAUUAGUGGUAGCAAUUAUUAUUAGCUGUAAUUUAUGUUAGCAUCUGCUACAAGCUAUAAUUUAUAGAAGCAUAUAAAUAAUCGCUAUUCUUCAUAGUUCCACUUGCAGAUAACUGUAAUCCAUGAUAUCAUAUGUAAUUAGCUGUAAUGUAUAAUAGCAUGUAGCAUAUUAGUUGCAAUCCGUUGCAGCCUAUGCUGGUAGCUGUAUUUGAGGACAGCAUGUCUUUUGCGCGGGAAACCGACUUGUGCCUUUCCCGCGUUUUUUCAUAAAUAUUAUAACGAGCCCCGUUGUUCGAAAAUAAUAAAUACUUUUCAUAUUA